AUUCCACCACAAAAGGUACAACUUUGAUAAAUAAUUUCAAAUAUUUUAUUACUAAGUAGAAACAUUAGUGUAUGUAUAUUCAUCGCUUUGAUCUUUUGAUAAUAUAUGCGAAUGAAAAAAAAAAUGUAUUAUAAUUUCAAAGUAGAAACAACACUUAAAUUUAUAUUAACUAAACAUAGUUUAUUGUUGGGUAAAUUACACCGUUGGUCCCUCGUGCACAUGCCAGAAAGCGUGUUUAGUCCUUAUUUCCAAAAUUUAACUCGUGCAGUCCCUCGUUGUUAUUUAUCUUGCACGGUUAGUCCCUAUGCACGUUAACUGUUAAAUCCUUUCGUUUAAGCUACCCACGUGCCUUGCAUGCAGGGGCAUUUUCGUCUUUUCAGGGUUUGUAUACAUGAACCAGUAUGGCGCGACUUCGAUAACCGAUCAUUUCUCAUUUCAUCCUCCGUCGACCCUUAACAUUGCACAAGAAAACCCUAGUUUUCUACGAUGGUGAACUGGAGGAUUAGGCAAGAAUGGGAGGAAUACGAUCUCCAAAGCUCAUACGCUGACAAUCCAUCUAUGUUCUCGAUACGAUUGAACUAUGGUGAAGUUUUUACGAAGUUUCCAGGCCGCAAAUACAUAAAGGGGAAGAUGAAAUAUAUUGAUGGCAUUGAUAGUGACUUGUUCUCGAUGCAUGAUAUGGACGAGAUAAUGGAAUUGCUUGAUUGUGUGGAACCAGGUAAAAGUAUUUACUAUCAUUUCAAACGACCAACCUGGGAUUUAGAUUUUGGGUUGUAUGCUUUGGGCUGUGACGAAGAUAUAAACCACUUUAGGUCAUACGUUUAUGAACACAAGGUGAUAGAAGUGUAUACAGAGUUUUGGGAAACCAAGCUGCAUACGUAUCAAAUGUCCCCAAACCUUGCAAAGAUAAAGAUACACGAAAUUCCUGAGUCCCUUUGUCGUAAAAGCUUGUUAUUGACAUGGUCAAAUUCAGGGGAUUGUCCUAGUGAAGAAGCACCUGUUUUUGAGAAUGUAGAAACUAAAGACCAACCCCCUAGUACAUUACCUGAAACAACCUUGGAACAAUACAUUGAGUGAAACAGUUGAGUCAACCCCUGCCUAUAUACCAAGAAUUGAAAGCCCUUUGACUGAACCAAUGAUAGGAAGCACAUGUCCUAAUGUUGAUGGUUGGGAUGAUACAUUUGAAUGGUGUGAACCUUUUGGUGGGACUACUAUGGAACAAGAUGAACCAAAUAGUGAAAAAGCAGGUGAAGACAGUCAAGCUAGUAAAGACAGUCAUGAUAGUGAUGACAAUGAAGAUAGUGAAGACAGUCAAGAUAGUGAUUACAUAGUUGAUGAAGAUAAUUUGUUAGAUGAUCCAGAGGUUGAUAUGAAGAACUUUCACCUCAACAUUGACAAAGAAGUGGAGUGGGUUGGAAGUUUUCCUGAUGAUCGAGAUGAAGUAAUAGAAGGUGAUGAAGAAUUAGAGGUUAUAGACACUGAAGAAUUUGUAUCUACAUCUUCAUCAGAUGAGGGUGAAGCUAGUAAAAAAAGGAAGAAGAUAAGAGAUUUACAAAGAGCACAUAAGAAUGAAGCAGCUGUUGUCAAAUAUUCAUUUUACAUCCACCAGACUUUUAGCACAGCCAAGGAAGUUAAACAACAAAUUUAUCUUCAUUCCAUACAGAGUAGAAGGGAGUUAGACUUCGUCAAGAAUGACAAAAACAUGAUUAGAGUGGUUUGUAAAGGGACAAUACCAAACCUUGGGAUAUUAGAAAAAGGUGGGACCAGCAAAAGUAAUGACAAAGUGGGACCAAGUCAAAAGAAAAAGAAAGUGAAAGAUGGUCAUACGUUUUGGGUUGAAUUGGUCCCACUUUGUCAAAAAGAAAGUAACGACAAUCUAUGAUGGCAUAUCUUUAUCAACGAGCCCAAAAUUUGUAUGGGUUAUAUAGUUUGUAACCAUAUUUUCGAAAACAAAAGUGAUAAAAGUAUAGUUUAAGGGCUAAAGUUAGAUACAAAAUUGGAGA